AUGCCAUCAGCAUAUAAGAGCAAGGGCAAAGGCCGCGAUGCGCGCCAGUCGCGUAGUCGCAAUACCACCCCAUCCAACGCGGGAGGAGCAGCGGCCGCAUCGCUCCCAAGCUACCUGGAGAAUGACGUGACCAAGCUCAUUGACGUGGCCAACGGCCAGUAUACGGAACUGCUUGAAUUAGUCGCAGCUCCAAAUAUCCCCGACUCCAAGACGUUGGAAACCCUUGUGGAACAUCUCAACAAUCUUAGUGAUAUGGCAGAUACCCGCGGUGAGGUUUUUAACGCGGGGAUGAGGGAGAUGUCACAGAAGCGAAAGGAAGUCGUGGAGGACCAGGAGCUGAGCCAUGAAGUGGCAGACCGCGCAAAGCUGAAGCGCGAGACGGAGGAUGAUGAUGAUCCGAUCCAUAAAGGAAAGGUGAAGAAGCGCAAAGACCGUUCAAGCAUCAAGGAGGAACGACCCUUAAGCCACGGAGCUCAUGAAAUUACCCGCCAAGAUGGCGCAGAAACAAAAGUUGAAGGUGCGGCAUCUCCAGUGUCUAAGCAUUCCAAAACCGCGGCUUCCGACGGGAGUUCUUCCCUUUCCCCUCCCUCCAUGUUGUCUCCAAACGGCGCCACGACCGGAAACGAUGGCGCUGAAGCGCCUGAAUCCCCCGAAUCUGAUUCGAGCGAAUCCUCUCACCAGCCCGAACCCGCGCCAGCUGUGCCAAAUGUCCAGGUGUUUGGAAGCAAUCCUUUGAAAUUCGAUGACCCGACGAUCUACCACAUUCGAGACAUUCUCCCCGGCAUGAGCGAUGAUGAGAAGAAGGAAAUCUACAGCGUUGCUCACUUCCCUAAAAGUGACCUUUCUCAUAUGUUGGGUGGUGUCCCGCCUGACAAGGACUUUAGCAAUGCGAAGCCCACCAACCAAGUCAGUGCCAAUACCUUCCAGGCCUACAUUGAACCUUAUGUUCGGCCUCUCAUGGAAGAGGACAUUGCUUGGUUGCGAGAACGAGGAGAUCGCGUGACGCCCUUCAUCAACCCGCGGCGAGGCAAGAGAAGCUAUCGUCAGGUCUGGGCCGAGGAGGACGGUAUAUCUUAUGACCAGAGCCAGGAUGACAAAGACCAACUUCCGUUGAACCAAGGUCGCGGUGGUAUUGAACAAUUGACAGAUGACAAACUUGAAACCAACGAGGUUUCGAUCGGACCACUGCUUAGUCGCCUCUGUUCUCUUCUGCGCUAUGAACAUCGUGCUCUUCCCGAGGACAAAGACAAUGCGAACUCGAUCAACGGCGAUGCAACUGGCCUACCAGCGCCCGGUGGGGAUGCAAUGGACCUAGACCCGCCGCCCAAUGGAUUAGGGACAGAUAUGGAGACCAAGCCCGAUAGCAAAACCCUUCCCCCAGCAACAGCCUUCCGCGAUGCCAAUCCCAAUGAAUUCAAAACCUCAGUUGCCAAACUUGAUCACGCCCAGCUCGACGAGCGCGCCAAGGCCGAAUUGCGAUACAUUGGGUUCCUGGGACCCGAGGAUAACCCAGACUACGAUGCCCACUAUGACGAUGAAGUGGCCGAGCGCCUCCGUCUUCUCCAAGGCGAGCUGAAAAAGCAAAUUGUCACCAACAACGCACGCAAAGCCCGAAUUCUCAAGAUCGCCCAGGAUCAUAUGGCUCUCCUUGAAUUCACGACUAUCCAAGAUGACCUCGAUUCUCAGGUCCAGCAGGCUUAUCUCAAACGUACCCGCACAAUGGGUAAGAGUAAGAAGGGUGCUCAGGCCAAGCACAGGCCCGGCGGUGCGGGCGGUGGCAGCCACAUUGCUGCGGGUGUCUCACGCCCCGCUGUUGGGGACGCGGCGAAGAUCGUUAUGGAUCGUCGUAAGCGCUGGAACGACGCUUUCUUGCCAAUCUUUGAGGAUAUCAAGACUACCAUCCCAUCAGAGGGUGAAACAAUCUUCGAUCCCGCCACAAUGGCUGAAUAUGAGAAGGCCGAGCUGGAGAAUUGGGAGGAGGAGUAG